UUAGUCUUGUCUUACUCCGUCAGGUCAGAGGUCAGUCUGCGCGCUUUUCAUACAUCCACGGUUGCGAACUGCUUGAGAACGAACGCACGAAUAAAAAUUGAUAGAUCGACUGUUGUUCGGGCUUCUCCUAAGAAACGAUCGUCUAAAGCUGCAAAGAACAGCAGCUUUUGUGGUUCCUCAUGAGGAAGCUCCCAGAUUGUUGUUAGCUUAUUGGUUAGCCUAGCUAGCCUCGUUAGCCGCCGUAGCUGGCUGUGGAAGAAAGUGCUACCUAGCUACCUAGCUAGCUCCACCUCGAGCUAGCUAACCGGAGCUGAAAUAUUGUUUUUGACUGGAGCACGACUCACUAACGCAGACAUGCAGGACAUACUAGCUAACGUGGACCACCUCAAGUUUGACUUGGAGCUGGCUAUGCAGCAGCAGCUCGGGGCACAGCCGCUGCCCUUCCCCGGCAUGGACAAAUCCGGGUCGGCUGUCUGCGAGUUCUUCAUGAGAGCGGCAUGUCAGAAAGGUGGGAUGUGUCCGUUCCGUCACAUCAGUGGAGAGAAGACGGUGGUGUGUAAGCAUUGGCUCAGAGGGCUGUGUAAGAAGGGGGACCAGUGCGAGUUCCUCCAUGAAUACGACAUGACCAAGAUGCCUGAAUGCUACUUCUACUCAAAGUUUGGUGAGUGCAGCAACAAGGAAUGUCCGUUUCUGCACAUUGAUCCAGAGUCCAAGAUCAAAGACUGUCCCUGGUAUGACCGGGGCUUCUGCAAACACGGUCCUGACUGCAGACACAGACACACACGAAGGGUGAUCUGUAUGAAUUACCUGGUGGGCUUCUGUCCUGAGGGAAAAUCCUGUAAAUUUAUGCACCCACGUUUUGAAUUGCCUAUGGGAGCUUCUGAACAGCCUCCUCUACAACAGCAAAUUCAGAACCAGACAAAACCUGUUCCUACUAUCGGCCGCUCGUCGCUCUCUCUUAUCCAGCUGACCAACUCCAGUCCGGGCAUGCGGCCGCAGAACCACAUGCCCAUGGCUCAUUCUCACCAGAACAACAUGCCCGGCAACAGAGGGCCUCGGCCGCUAGACCAGGUCACCUGCUACAAGUGUGGUGAGAAGGGCCACUAUGCCAACAAAUGCACUAAAGGCCAUCUUGCCUUCUUGAGUGGACAAUAAUUUUCAGCUUGGAAGUCACCGUGGAUGCUGCUGCAGAGACCUGAUGUGAGAUGAGAAGAAGCUCCUUUGCUCCAGUUGAACUGAAAGACUGACUGCUACCGUCGUGUGUGGGUUUAUACAGACAGUAGGAAAGAUAAACAUAGCGUUCUAUUUUUUCAGAUCACAUUUGAAGUGGCUCAAUGACUUGUGUGUUAGUCUUCGGAGUUUUCUACGUUUGUACUGUAGAGCACACUGAAUAUUUGAUGACAUCAAACCCACGGUCCAACAGGUGUAGUGCUGAAACAUUCGAGCUUUACAGGAUAAACUGUUUCCUCGGGACAUGUGACUGCAUACUUGUAAAUGACUAUAAUAAAGAAAUGUGAAACUGGUAGAAAAAGAAAUUAAUCAGACUUAUAGGAGCCUCUCGAUAAUUUAUCCUACCAGCAGAACCUGUCAGAUCUGAAUGCACAGAUCAUUCAAACUUGGCCCAGAGAGAUGUGGGCGAACAAGUAUCUCAAAUGAUGUUUUGGAAGUGUGAAUGUAAUUUGUCUGUACAGUGUCUUCAAAUAAAUGUCUUUGUUACAGA